AUGAAUGGUGAUGAGUUCAAUUGGUUCACCUCCUUGCGCAGAGCGUCUUCAAAAUCUCCUCUCAUCUUUAAGUUUCGACAUCUUCUGCCCGCAUGGCCUGCGGUUUACUUCGAUGUCCUCCAUGAUUCGGGCACCGUUGGUUUACCUCUUCGUUGUCUCUAUGGAGCAUAUCUCCUCGAUUGUCCUGCAUGCGCAGCGUGUUGGUGGACUGAGCUUGCGAGGCAACCUCCGUAG